AAGAAUUGGCUAACACCAAAAAAACCAUGAAUUUUCUACCCGACGAUUUAGAAAAAUACGAGGAAAAAAGUAAAUUUUUUAACCCUUAUGUAGUUAGGUAUCAGGCAUUAAGCACCAAGAUUAGUUUAGUGGAUUUGUUAAAAAUCCUACUUCACAUUGGAAAAUCCCGCGGUUAUAGAAAGUUUUAUUUGGAUGACAGUUCCGAAGAAAAAGAGGUUAAGGAGACCCAAACGGCGGUUCGGGAAGCCGAAAAGUUAUUUCAAGAAAAAAAAUACGAAACUGUGGCCGAAAUGGUAAUUAAGGAGGAAAAAUUUCGUCAUUCACAUGAAAAGAGCAAAAACUUGCUCUCA